CCUGAAGUGUCUCUGUCCAUCCUGUCUUCGCGACUCUCCUUCGUUCGUCUCUGCAGAUGUCCGCCUCCCUCCCCGGCAGCCGGGACCUCCCUCGGUCUCAAUAUGAUCUGACAACCUACUGGGGCCGCGUGCGGCAUGCGGCUGACCUCUCCGACCCGCGGAUGAUGUUCGUGUCUUCGUCCGGCCUGGAGCAGGCCAAGCAGCUGGUCUCCUCCUACAAGCAGAACCAUCUUCCGCAUAUGACUCCGGAGCUGUGGCGCGCGAAGAAGGUGGUCGAUUCCACCCUUCACCCUGACACUGGCGAGCCGGUCUUCCUUCCCUUCCGCAUGUCCUGCUACGUUAUGUCCAAUCUGGUCGUGACAGCUGGUAUGCUUACGCCUGGACUGCAGACCACCGGAACUCUUCUCUGGCAAAUCGCCAACCAAUCGCUCAACGUUGCCAUUAACAAUGCGAACGCCAACAAGUCCACCCCGCUGUCCGUCCCCCAGAUCGCCAAGUCCUACCUCAUGGCCGUGUCGGCCUCCUGCUCCGUCGCUCUGGGUCUGAACGCCCUCGUGCCCCGUCUCAAGGGCAUCUCGCCCAACGCGAAGCUCAUCCUGGGUCGUCUUGUGCCGUUCGCCGCCGUGUCCAGCGCCAGCGCUCUGAACGUGUUCCUCAUGCGUGGCGAGGAGAUCCGUCAGGGUAUUGACGUGUACCCGGUGCUGUCGGAGGUGGAGAAGAAGAAGCUCGAGGAGUCCGGCGAGACGGUGCAGAGUCUGGGCAAGAGUAAGAAGGCUGCUACUAUCGCUGUCGGUGAGACGGCUAUCAGUCGUGUGCUGAAUGCUACUCCUAUCAUGGUGGUCCCGCCGUUGGUGCUGGUGCGGUUGGAGAAGACUGCUUGGUUGAAGGCUCGUCCAAGGAUGAUUAUGCCUUUGAACUUGGGAUUGGUCCUGGCGACGUCCCUGUUUGCGUUGCCGUUGGCCCUGGGUGCGUUCCCCCAGAGACAGGCUAUUAGCGCGACGACUCUGGAGCCGGAGUUCUGGGAGAAGGGUGGUAAGGAUGGUCAGGUGGAGUUUAACCGGGGCAUGUAGAUAAAAAGUUUACCUUGGUUGGGAAGGGGGGGCGUUUGUUCAUAGCUGUUGUCUUCGGGUCAUUGUGCUUUGCAAUGCUUUUUAGAUCGUUAGACCAUUUGUGGAUAGAUCGUGUGGUUGCA